CUCCACUGCGUACAGCGCAUUUGCCUCACAAGCCAAGCUGUACGCACUGGGCAUCUCAUCCCCGCCAAGUUGGAGGGAAAGCGUGGACGCCCCGCGAACUCAAAGAAAGAAUCGAGAUGUCUUCCUACUUGUCAUCUGAGAGCCGCCGGGUUAGCCCGUCUGUCCACGGCAACAAGUUCGACACGGCGCACCGCAAAAAGGCCGUGGCCAACAUUUUCGAGAAUGUCAACCAGGACGCGCUGAUGAGACUCUUCCAGAAAACCGGCGACAUGAAGGCGGAGGAGCGAGUGAGGAGCAUCUUCUCCUACACGCAGGACCCGGAGGAGACGGCUCGCGCUCUGAUGGCUCUGAAGCAGAGGAAGAAGGACAAGUUCCUCCAGAUAGCGGGCAUGGUCCGGCAGCUGCUUAAACUGCGCUGACUGCAAUGCAUCACCGCCUGUGUGUCUGUCGGCUCACUACAUGUGAGCCGAAUGUGAAAACAUUACCUAGUAUGUGACUGGGUCACCGCCGCAGGUGCGACUCACCUGUCGCCAUGGCGAAGUGGCGUCAUGCAGACUCCGAGGAGGAGAGCGCGCAGCCGGCCGCCCAGGGAGGCAACAAGCCGCUGCUACGGCCUCGCAGACGGAGGCAGAGGGAGCCGAGAGGAGGCUGAAGUGUCUGGGAACAUGAAGGGAAUCCCAUGGACUUGAACUGACCAAUGCAUUCCGAUGGAUGCGUGACUGUGAAGCAGCGCCGUGCGCGCGCAGGUGCGCAUUUCUGCUGUCUGAUGCUGCUGUGCAUCUGCAACACGAGACUUUACGGUGCCGAAGUACUUGCCUAUGUUAAUGUCUGUCCUGCAAACACACCUUGUAUGAACAGAAGGCUCGCCAGGGGCCGCUACUGUCUUCAAAGUGUUGCACUGGUGCAAACGUUCCUAUGAUUUAUUUUGUUAUUUUUAAUAAAUUAUUACCUUGUGUACUACA